UGACACUUGGACUUGUCUUAAACCCUAAUCCUUUUCUUUUUCUUUUCACUUACCAAAGAAUAUCAUGCACACCACCGGCUUAAUAUUCCCGCCAGAAAAUCAAAUCAGUCUCGCCGGAAAUAUCCACUGGUUACCAGACCAUCGACAUCUCCAAUUACCAACUACACUCCGGAUGCAUGAAAAAGGCGUAUUUAUAUAAUUUCGGAUCCCAAAUUAGAAACCUUCCCCAAUUUUCACUUCGAAGACUCGCUUCAUUCUCUUCAUGUUCAGCUGCAACCCCUGAAUCACCUAGUUUCUCUACCGAAGAAGAUGAAGUUAAACAAGGCGGCAGCGCCGUUUAUCGACACGUUCUCCGACACCAGCGGCCGGCCUCCAUAAGAUGCAAACCUGAGCUGUAUAAUUCUGUCAGCUUUAUCGGACGCGUUGAUCGGCCACUAGAGAUUUACAAGACAAAAGGUGACACCUUUGGGGCUUAUACUUUUAUUGAAGUGAGAAAUCCUAGUGAUCCAAAUCGCACGUUUAGGAUGCGUGUGGAGAUGUGGAAUGAUGUGGCAAAAACGGGUAUCCAACAUCUGAAGCAAAAUGAUGAUAUAUAUGUUUCAGGUUGUUUAGGGUCUUAUGAAAUGCCUGAUAAGAAUGGAAAUCUCGUAUCAAUUUACAAGGUUAAUGUGAAAGAAUUGUGUUAUGUCGCACAACAUGAUCAACACUCAACUGCCCAAAAAACUGAAUCAAAGGCCUGCCAAGUAUCAGAUGAAUUGCAAUUAAAGGCUAGCAAAAAAUCAGAAGAACAAUCGGGAGAUGGAAAUAAUAUGGAGAAUUACAAAAACCGCCUUGACUUGUGGCAACUGUUUUUCUGCAAGCCGUGUGAGUGGUGGGAUAAGAGGAAGAGUAAACAAAAUCCAGAGUUGCCAGAUUUUAAGCACAAGUACAAUGGUGAAAAUCUUUGGUUGAGACCAGAUGACCCACCAUGGGUCAAAAGACAUCUCCAAUUGCUUGACAUGGAAAUAGCUAAACAAAGGCAAGCAAAUGGUGUAGGCAAAUCUGGCAUGAUGAGGUACAGUAAUCGUCAUCACUUAUGGCAAGUCUUUUUCAGCAACCCACAUGAAUGGUGGGAUAACAGAAAAAAUAAGACAAACAGACGGUCACCAGAUUUUAAGCACAAGGACACAGGUGAAGCCCUUUGGAUAAUGCGGGAUGAUCCACCAUGGGUCAAAAGACAGCUUAAACUUCUUGAUUUCAUAAUGGCAGAACAAUGCGUAAGGGAAAAAGUUGGUUCUGGUUCUCGGCUAUCUGAAUGGAUAUUUGAUGCCUAGGAACUAAUCUGGAGUUAAAGUGUAGGAUAGGUACUUGCUUGCUCUUGCCUCCUGCUGGCUUGUAUAAGAUUUUUAAUGAAUAUUUGAGGUACAACGAAUAUCUGUAGAACUGAUGUAUAUAAGCACUGAAAAUUGAACUAGAAUGAGAUUUUUUUAUAA